AUGUACAAGGAACUGAUCGAGGAGGCUCAAGGUCACAAGUUCGCCCCAUUCUGGAGCUUUGACGAUGACAACGAGCAUGUGGCUGCCCUAGUCCACUCUCAGGUCCAGGAUGUCAUGUGGCUAGACACGGCCGUUGAAGAGAUCGCCAACAUCCACGAGCAGCCCAACUCGGACCUGGUCACUGCCCAUUCCCUCGACAAAUACGACCUCGUCCUACAUGUCAUCCGCGCCCACUCGCACGAGAAGAAGAGAUGUCCCGACUUCCAGUCUACGACGUCUGGGGACCGAACUUCUGCCAAUCGUGCCCUGCAAGAGAAUCUACCUGUGGUCAACCUGCUCAAUCUCGAUGAGCAAUACGUCGUCUCUCGGAUGGAAGAAGCCCUUGCAACCCUCGGCAAAGCCUACGCAAAUGCUCCCACCCAUGCCGCCGUGGGCAACUUCGCCAACCGCCUCAACCUCGUCACUGCUCGCGUCACCACUCGCCUCAACCAAGGCAAGCAGGAUGCCGACCGAAGCCAUCGCACGAUCGUUUUCUGGGCCCACAAGCAGGAUGAAGAGAUCGCCGCGAUCUUGCAUCUCCUCCAGCAUCCUCAUGACGGUGAUAACCCUUCGCCCAGCGUUGGCCGGAUGGAGACCACGAAAUGGAAGCUGCACCUCUCGCUUGUGUACUGGCUCCUCAUAUUGAUCCGCUCCCCGGGGGUCUGCGAGCUCUGUCCAGAUGAUUGUCCUGCCCUCCACCAGAUCCAGGCCCGCAUCGAUGCAUUUUAA